UACGGCCGGUCGCGUGCGUGCGUGUUCUGCAAAGCGGGGGGUUGGUUCUACAAAGUGCAAUAUCGGUCGUCCAAAAGUUCUGGCCUCCGUAUUGAUGUUCCAGGAGUGACACUCACACGUGGUGCUGCUGCAGCCUAGAGUUAGGAGAUAUUCAAAAUGGCACAUUUUAGCACGAGGCGGCUUCUUUUGUCCCUACUGGCCCUGGAGGUCACGCUACUGCAGACUGGGCUGGCCCAGAACCGAAUCAACCGACAGAGAGGUAAUAUUUUGAAAAAUUUAACCCUCACGCACGAGUACGAAAAUCACAUUGUAACGAGCCAGCUGGACGCUUCGAUGCCAAUCCGGAUGUUCUACCGGGGCUUCCGAGAGGUGUACAACCGGCUGCUGGGACCAACCGGGGACCGCGUUCGGGGGGCCUUUCUGCAGCCUCACGUAAUGCCAAAUGUCCCAUUUCCGUGCGAAACCGAGGGCUAUCGAAGCGAGCGCGUUCCGACCAGCGUGCACCAACUCCGGCCCGGGGACAUCGAUAUAAUCUCGGCCGUGGGGGAUUCGCUGACCAGCGCCACGGCCGCAAACUCCGUGGCCCUGUGGGAGCUGCUAAUCGAAAACCGAGGGCUGGCCUGGUGCAUUGGUGGACAGGGCACGUGGAGGACGCACCUUACGCUGCCCAACAUCCUGAAGGAGUUCAAUCCGAAACUGUUUGGAUACUCUUUGUUCGACUCGUACAAUGUGCACCACUCGGCGCAGUUCAACGUGGCGGAGAAUAUUGCCACCACGACCGAUAUGCCGUACAACGCGGCCAAGCUGGUGGCCCGGAUGAAGCUCGAUCCCAGAGUACAAUGGAACAAACACUGGAAGCUGCUAACAUUCAUGAUUGGCGGUAACGAUUUCUGCUCGGACGUUUGUUACCAAACAAACGCUACCGAAUGGAUCAACCAAGCACAGGAGAAGUCUCUGAUCAAAACCUUAAAGUACCUGAGGCACAAUAUGCCACGAACAAUCGUCAACCUCGUCCCCUCACCCCUCAUCAACCUGUCGUUCUCGAUGGACAAAGCGCCCCAGCUUCCCUUUUCCUGCUACCUGUCCCGCCCGAUCGAAUGUUCCUGCCUGUUCGGGCCGAAAUACUCCAACCGGCGGAACCUGUUCCGCCAACUGGAACGCAACUUUGUCAAGAUCAUGGAACGCGUCAGCUACAUGCCCGAGUUCCACAGCGAAGACUUCACCGUGGUGUAUCAACCGUUUUUCAAGGACGCCAGUGUGUUUUACCGGAGGGACGGCAAGUCCGACAUGUCGGUCAUGUCGAUCGACUGCGUUCAUCUGAGUCAGAAAGGACACGCCGUGUCGGCGAACGGGCUGUGGAACAACAUGCUGGAACCGACGGGGGGCAAGACGCUUGGUUUUAGGGGGUUGUUUGAGCAGUUCAAGUGUCCGACUCCGCAGAAUCCUUACAUUAGGACGUAUUAUAAUAGUUGAGGGUUUUGGGGAGAAAUUAAACAGUUGGGCAUUUUUUGUAAUUUUUAAUAACAACGUUUUUUUAUGUUUUAUUUUUUAACAAUUGUUGAUGAGCGUUUGAUGAAGGAUUUCGGAGAGGCGCAUGAAUAAAUUAUUUACACAAAUCGUA